AUGGCGGUCGGAUACAGUGGCAAUUCACACACGGUCGACGUGACAAUCGUCGGUGGAGGGCCUACGGGCUUGUUUACCGGGUAUCUGCUUCAUCAGCUCGGCGUUUCGGUGUGCAUCAUCGAUGGCAAACCAAAAAGUUUAGAACUUGGGCGUGCAGAUGCCCUAAAUGCGCGCACCCAGCAGUACUUCGAAGUCGCCAAGAUUCUUGAUGAUAUACUACCCCUCGGCAUCAAGUGUAAUACCAGUUCGACAUUCGGCGAUGGCGAGUUCAAGACGCGUCAAAACACUUGGUGGGUUGGCCUGGAGCACACCCUGCACAAGAACUUCCUCAUGAUCGGCCAGCCCGUAGUGGAAAAGAUCCUGAGCCAGAGGCUCCAGGGGCUGGUUCGCUACAACGAGCAGGUCGUGUCCAUCUUGGAACAUGACGAAAGCGUCGAAGUGGUCACCGAAUCUGGUUUCAAGGUGCGAAGCAGAUACGCCGUAGGAGCCGACGGUGCUCGAUCCACUGUUCGCCAGUCCAUGGGUGUCACCUUUACCGGCACCAAGCCCGAGAUGCUCUGGGCCGUGUUAGACACCUUCAUUGACACCGACUUCCCCAUCUGCCCUGAAAUUAUCACGUUUCAGCUUGAUGGGCAGUCACGCGUGUCAUGGAUUCCGCGUGAGCGCGGCCUCUGUCGCUUCUAUGUUCUCUUGGAGGGCGAGGUUACACAGGAGCGCGCGGAAGCAUCCAUCAAGGAGCAUCUUGCACCGUACAGAGUGGACUUCAAGAAGACAGAGUGGUACAGCACCUUUGAUGUCAAAGAGCGUAUCGCGUCGUCGUUUGUAUCAAAGGACGGCGCUGGGCGCGUCAUUCUCGCAGGUGAUGCGGCGCAUGUACACUCCGUCAACGGCGGACAAGGGCUCAACACGGGAAUAUCCGAUGCAUUCAACCUUGCAUGGAGGCUGGCUGCAGCUAACCGGGAAAGUCUCAAGGAUGGGGCCGCAGAGACGCUGAUUCGGAGCUACGACACUGAGCGGCGAAAGACGGCCCAGGGAGUCAUCGACGUCGCGGCCGCACUGGUGAGAGACACUGUGCAUACGGCAAAGCAAUACGUCGGCACCAUUGAGAAGAACGCUGGAUACAUUACAGGUAUGGGUGUGUCCUACCGGGGUAUGGGCUCACCACUGGUCAAAGAGUCCGGACAUAGCUUCUGGAAUGCGGGAGACCGCUGCCCAGACGUUGUACUACGGACACUGAACAAAGAAAGCUCCCGCUUGUACCAUGAUACAACGUACGGCAAGUUUCUGGUGCUGAGCAUUGGAAGGUAUGCGGGAGUGCCGCUUGGCCAUGAGGCCAUUGCGGAUGUCCAUACAAUCCUGCCGCUGGAUAGUCCUGGCAACGCGGAAGAUGGCACAAUUCAAGAUGGCGGUACAGGUAAGACGUUCCGGGCAGACUGGGCAACCGCGGAGGACCCGUACACCGUGGUUGUCCGCCCAGAUAUGUACCUUGGCCUUGUGGGCAAGGACAUUGAGGACUGCAAGAUGUAUCUAAACUCGCUAUAUAUCUAA